UUAAUCAUAUUCAGAGAGUCAUUUGGCCGAACUCUUUCGUAUGUCAACAAUCCGAAGUAUAAUAAAUUCAUACUUUUACAAACAAUUUCCGCACAAUUGAUUUGCCGCCAUUUGCACGCAUUGUGUUGGCACCAUUUAACCGCCUUCUAAGGGCGGUUGGACGGUGCAAUCAUGGAUCAUGCGGUUAAAGCGACACGCGGCCGUCCAUGGAAUACUUUACGUUUUGAAAACGAUGAGCUAGAAUGCCUCUAUCAGCGCUACACACUAAAGUUGCAACGCUUCUCAGUACUGGGCGUGGUAGCUUUAGUUGUAGUGCUGUGUGGUGUCAUGGCGGCACUCUCGUUGGCCUAUAAUAAUGCACCUACUUUUCAUAAUGUAUUCAACUCCAUUGUUUGUCUACUUUUUGCCGUUAUACUCAUAUUACUGCAAUGUCGCGUUAUCAAAGAUCAUCAUUUGCCAAUACUUUGCUAUAGCAUUCUACUUUUCACCGCCAGCAUUUGUUUUGUCUCAAUGCCAACGGUGGGCAGCAUUUUUCCAGUGGAUACAAAGGAGGUCAUGGCCGAGGGAGUUUGGCAAAUUGUAUUCGUAGUGUUUUUGGCUUAUGCCAUGAUGCCACUUCAAAUCUGGGAAGCGGUUUGCUUUGGUAUAUUAUUGCCUUCGGUGCAUAUAAGUUUGACGGUUUAUAAAAUAUUUACGGAUUCAUUUCGUUAUUUGGAAUAUAAUCAGUUAAUAGCUAACAUUGUAAUGUUUAUUGGCGUUAAUGUAGCUGGCUUAGUUGUAAAUAUAAUGAUGGAACGUGCCCAGCGUCGUGCGUUCCUAGAUACACGGAAUUGUAUAGCCGCCCGUUUAGAAAUUCAGGAUGAAAAUGAGAAACUGGAAAGACUUUUAUUGUCGGUACUACCUCAGCAUGUUGCAAUGCAGAUGAAAAAUGAUAUACUGUCACCUGUGGCUGGUCAAUUUCACCGAAUUUACAUACAAAAACACGAAAAUGUUAGUAUACUGUUUGCUGAUAUUGUUGGUUUUACGGUAUUAUCAUCUCAGUGUAGUGCACAGGAAUUAGUAAGACUGUUGAAUGAACUUUUUGGACGUUUUGAUCAAUUAGCGCAUGACAACCAUUGCUUGCGCAUCAAAAUUUUGGGAGAUUGUUAUUAUUGCGUAUCUGGCUUACCGGAGCCACGCAAGGAUCAUGCCAAAUGUGCAGUUGAAAUGGGUCUUGAUAUGAUCGAUGCAAUUGCCACGGUUGUUGAGGCUACAGAUGUGAUAUUAAAUAUGCGUGUUGGCAUACAUACUGGCCGUGUACUAUGCGGCGUUUUAGGUUUACGCAAAUGGCAAUUUGAUGUUUGGUCCAAUGAUGUCACUUUGGCAAAUCAUAUGGAAUCAGGUGGAGAACCAGGACGUGUGCAUGUAACACGCGCUACACUUGAUUCGCUAUCUGGCGAAUAUGAAGUAGAAGCUGGUCAUGGCGAUCAACGUUCAUCAUAUCUACGUGAUCAUGGCGUUGAUACAUAUUUCAUUGUGCCACCACCACAUAGGCGAAAACCGCUUAUGCUAAAUACUUUAGGCGUACGUUCGGCAAUUGGUAGCCGUCGGAAAUUGUCGUUCCGUAAUGUCUCAAAUGUUGUUAUGCAACUUUUGCACACCAUUAAAUUCUCCGAACCAGUGCCAUUUUCAAAUAUAGCUACAGGUUCCUUCCCUUCAUCAGCUGGCAGUACAGCGGGUGGCCGUGGCAGUACUGCAGAUGGCGCUGGCCAGUUAAAUGAAAAGAGCUCCCGCAAGGAUGCGGUAAUACGUCUACAAAAAAUUUUACACGCCCCGACUCCACCCGGUGGCAGUGUUACCGUAUCAGUAGGAACUUCUCCUAACUCCACUACGAAUACGAUUAGUCGCAUUCAUAGACACAAUCAAAAUAAUAAAUCAAAAGUAACGGAUAAGUUCAAACGCCCCUUCCGUAAGCGUCACUCCUCUGUGCACCAUCAACCGACCAAUCGCGUUAAUCGCUUCCUCUCGCAGGCGAUCAAUGCACGAUCCGUCGAUUGUGAUAAAUCGGAGCAUGUCGAUCGCAUAACGUUACGUUUUCGUGAAAGUGACAAGGAGCGUGAAUAUCACAAGGAUUUCGAUUUGGGUUUUACAACGGCCAUGGGUUGUUCAUUAUUAUUACUUAUACUUGGUGCAGCCUUGCAAGUGACAGCUCUACCGCGUACUCUAAUACUCCUGCUACUUUUCUUAACCGCAUUCAUAUGGAUAAGUGCAAUAUUAAUGCUGUUGCUAGCGGUGCGCUUAAAAUGGAUUAUUUGGGAUUUAUCACAGAGUUUUACACUUCGCAUGGCUAUAACCAUAUUCACCAUAGUAUUAAUAUAUUCAGUAGGACAAGUUAAUGUGUUUACUUGCAUAUCGGAUCAUCCAUGUUCAAGUAAUAUUACAGCAGCUCCAAUGGAUUUAGAGGAAGAGUUUUUGAUGUUGACACAUCAGAAUGAAGCGCAUCGCAAAUGUUCACUACCACAAUAUGUAUCCUUAUCCGCUGCCUUUGCUUUUCUAUCAGUUUCAGUAUUUUUAAGGUUACCAAUUAUUUUUAAAUCCUUUCUCAUUUUGAUGAUGGGUACCAUUUACGGUCUAUUUAUUGAAUUAUCACACACAAACAUCUUCGAAUGCUACGAUGGCCGAGUAAAUGCAUCCAUUCCACUUCAUUUGAUCUCAUUGGCGCGCAUUAUAAUCUUCAUGAUAGCGAUAUUGGUGCAUGGUCGCUUAGUUGAGUGGACAGCACGUUUAGAUUUUCUGUGGCAACUGCAAGCAUCACAAGAGAAAAAAGAAAUGGACGUACUGCAGGAAUCCAAUAAGAGGAUACUACAUAAUUUGCUGCCAGCUCAUGUGGCUGCACAUUUCCUUGAUAAUCAAUUCCGGAGCAAUAUGGUCACUCCCUCACAGGAACUUUAUCAUCAGAGCUAUGCAAAGGUUGGAGUUAUAUUCGCUUCAGUGCCAAAUUUUCAUGAAUUUUAUACCGAAAUGGAUGGUUCCGAUCAAGGACUGGAAUGUUUAAGAUUACUUAAUGAAAUAAUAGCUGAUUUCGAUGAGUUGUUAAAGGAAGAUCGUUUUCAUGGCAUCGAUAAAAUUAAAACAGUUGGCAGUACUUAUAUGGCAGUUGUAGGUUUAAUACCAGAUUAUAAAAUUAAUGCUGCAGAUCCAAACUCUGUGCGAAGACAUAUGACGGCAUUAAUUGAAUAUGUAAAGGCCAUGCGCCUAUCAUUGCAAGAAAUUAACAGUCACUCCUAUAACAAUUUCAUGCUGAGAGUGGGCAUUAAUAUAGGACCUGUUGUUGCCGGUGUGAUCGGAGCACGCAAGCCUCAAUACGAUAUUUGGGGUAAUACAGUUAAUGUGGCGAGUCGCAUGGACUCUACUGGUAUACCAGGCUAUACACAAGUAACUCAAGAAGUAGUGGACAGUUUACAUGGUUCACAUUUCGAAUUCAAAUGUCGUGGCACAAUUAAAGUAAAGGGUAAAGGUGAUAUGAUUACAUAUUUCCUAAGUGAUUCCUCAAAUAAUGCUUUAAAUGGCGAAGUACGUAAUGCAAUGAUCGGCAACCAUCCUGUGCAGAGCAAUAGUAUAACACAACACCAACAGCAACAAUCGCAAUUGCCCCCGGCUCAGCAACAACAAAAUGCUUUGCAAUUGCACAAUCAUACAUCGGAGUUUUAUCAAAAAGAAGCACAAUUUCAAAAUAAAAACUAUCACUCCAACAUGAACAAUGACACCUAUAACAUUAAAAAAGAUAAUUAUGGUUACAACAAUGUGGACAUGGUUAACAAUCAAAUAUUGCAACCGUCUCCCGGAACACUACUUGAAGAACAGCAGCAACUAUUAUUGCAUCAACAGCAGCAACAACAACAACAACAGCAGCAGCAGCAGCAAUAUCACCACCUGCAACAGCAACAACAACAGCGGCUCAAUAGUAAAUUACAAAAGCUACCAAAUUUCAUAGCAAACGGCGGUUUACCGAAUAUACGUGAAAAUGGUAAUAAUGGCGAACAUACCGGAAGCUAUCCUUUCAACUCAUAUCAGCAACAGCAGCAGCAGCAACAGCAACAAUUUGCUAACAACUAUAAUGCACAACAUCAGCGUAAUCAUUCUUCAAGCUCUUUGAGCGGUAUGGGUGUCGCGAUGGCAGCAUCCCCAGCACUACCACCUGCACACAUGGUAAUGUUACGUGAACAAUUUAAUAUUAUUGAAAAUCCCAGUGGUAAUCGUUUCGAUUAUAAAAAUCAUGAUCCUUAUGCUCAGGUGGACAGUUAUAACAAUUUGUUUGGUGUUGGUGGUAGACGCGAUACGCAUGCAUCACGCAACUACCAUCAUUUGCAUCACAACCAACAUUCGUCGUCGUACACCACCAAUAGUAAUAGUAACAAUUAUAAUAAUUGCCAUGAAAGUGAACCGUUGUUGCAUGCCGCACCAGUUGCCAAGAUUUUACCAAUGCAACACGCACAAAUGCAUCCACCUAAAUACGAACCACCACGUUAUACCUGUCCCAAUAAUAUAUUGCUUCAGCAACAGCAGCAGCAACAGUUGCAACAUCAUCAUCAUCAACAACAAUUACAACAACAAUACUUACACUUUAACCAACACACACAACCUCCAUUACCCAUUCCACCACCUAAAUCCACAAAUGUUAUAUCAAGUCUGAAACAAAAUACACCUCUCUUACGCACAUAUAUGAAGCCCCUGCCAAAGCUACCGACAGAUAUUGAAGAGAAUCGCGAGAUGUCUUCCACCGAUGAUCUAAGUUCACGUCCGCACUCACCAUCAAUGAGUUCAUCAGAUGAAAGUUACUCUAAGACAACAGAAGGUGAAGCCGAUGACGAUUCACCACGCAUAACAGCUGCAAAUCAUAUUAAUCGUAAUGGUAAUCCAUUACAGUGGCUAUAUCCAUGUGAUAUCCAAGUCGAUCCAACAUCACCAGUAAUCGAUAUGUCAAAUCUUAAAGACUUUGAAGUUAGUUCCACCACAGAAAGUCAGGGGCAGCAUACGAAUACGACACAAAAUAAAGGUGACUCCUGCAAUAGCUUUGAAUAUCAAGACCGUGUUGGUCUCAAUAAUAAAUCACAAAAUGUGGGCGCAACAGCAUCGGCUACGAAUUCGACAGCAAAGUCACCAUUUGAGAGGGAACUGCAAAGACUUUUAAAUGAAUCAUCACGUGCACGUGGACUUAUGGCCGCAACCUCAUCUAAUGGUGGUAAUAUUACUUCUAGUUCUAAUCAGGAAGGCAAUACAACUAGCAAUAGCAGUAGUCGUAACAACAUAGAGCUGUGCUAUUCCGCUAGCAACAGCAAAUUGAGUUCUAAUAAUGGUAUAGCAACUGGCAGUAAUGGCAACUUAAGUGGCAGCAAUUCUAUGAGUGGAAAUAAUAAUACAAAAUCAGUAACCACAGCUAUGGCAGCUACUAUUUUAAAUGAUUUAGCAUCACCAACAGGUAGACUUAACUCUAAAAUACCUGUAAGUACAAGUUUCAUGAUUGCCAAACAUCCUGUGGGUCUAGAGGCUAUAAAGGAAAUUACACGAAACAAGAAUCCAUCGGAAUCAAGUCAAAUGCAAACAUCAGACACCGAAUCGUGUGAAAUUUUACACGAUAACCGUAAUCACAUAAACGCAGCUGUUUUAGACACACAGUUAACAAAUAAAUCAUCCACCUCUACUGGCACAAAUUAUAUGCCAAAUCAAACACCACAACAGAACAAAGAGCACAACCACAGACAUCGUCAACGUCCACGCUCGAAGGACUACGAUCAAAAUCGCUCUGAUAGCAUAGAGCAAUUAGCAAAUGGUGUAGAACCACCACAACCACAGCGUUAUACACGACAUCACCACCAUCAUCAUCAUCAUCACCAAAGACAGCGUAAUAACCACAUAUCUCUGCACAAUGAUGAACUUGAACGUGAUGACACUGAAGAUAAUUUAGCCGAUGAAGAAUUUGAAGAUGAUGAAGUGGGACGUGAUGUGAGGAAAAAACGUUUACUUACAUCGUCCGAGCAUCAAAAUGGUAUAAAUCGCGAACGUGAUGAAGAGCAUUAUAAUAUUAAAAAUAAUAAAACGAAUGGUGGCAAUGACGAUGUGAACGAUGUUGUAGACGAUGAGGAAGAUUUGGAAGAUAUAGACGAUUACAAAGUUAGUGCUUUAAGCAAUGAUGUUACUAAUGACGAGCAUCAUUUAGAUGUGAAUGUGAUAAAUGACGAAUUGAAAUAUGGUGCCGGUCAUCAUAAUCAUCAGUCAGUAGACUCAAACCCGUUGGAAAGUCAAUCAGAAUGGUCGGAUGAUGACUGCCGUGAAGAAGCAACAGGUGGUGCUGAGUCUACUGGCUAUAUAACUGAUGAACCUGGACUUGAAAAUAUAUCACUAUUAAAUGAAGCUGGCCUAACCGAUGCGGAAGGCGCACUCUCAGAUGUUAACUCCUUGUACAAUGCACCCGAUGUUGAUGACACAUCAGUAUCAAGUCGUGCUAGUUCAAGACUAUUAAGCUUAGAUUCCUUGAGUGGUUUAUAUGAUUGUGAUUUAGAUUCUAAACAUGAAAUGGCAAUUGUGAACGUCUCACAUAAGAUCACAAGUAAAUUUGGGCCACAACAACAAAGUUAAUUUAACUUAAUUAUGUUUAAUUAAAAAGAAGCGGUGUCUAUUAUAUUAAAAAAAAAUAAAAAUUAAAA